UAGGUCUCCGGGCUCAAAGAGUCCCUCAAUCUUAGAGGCAACGAAUACAGCAUCUUGAUCGCUAUGUUCACCGCAGGUGCAUGUGUCGGUCAAAUUCCACACGCCCUUAUCAUCCAGAAAAUUGCACCUCGUUUCUGGCUGCCGUUCACAUUACUCGUCUGGUCCGGCUUGACUAUGGUCUGCGCUGCAUGCAAAACCUACGAGCAGAUCUGCGUAGUUCGCUUCCUUCAAGGAUUCUUCGAGUCAAGUCUGUACAGUGGCACCAUCUAUAUUUUGGGCUCCUGGUAUAAGCCUCGGGAAAUCGCUAAGCGGACUGCUAUCUUCACUGCGGUCGGUCAGAUUGGCAGUAUGUUCGCUGGUGUCAUGAUGACUGCGAUGAACGAGGGGCUGCACGGUCAGACUUCACUCGAGGGUUGGCAAUGGGUGUUCGUCAUCAAUGGCGCAAUGGGAAUACCGUUUGGCAUCUUUGGCCUGUGUUUGUUCCCAAAUCUGCCAGAAGCACCCAACGCACCCUAUCUCAGCAAAGAGGAGCUACAGCUAGCCAUCGAUCGUCUUCCACCGAAGAAGAACUGGGGCCACGACAUCAGCAUCAAAUCGCUUUGCAAACGCCUGUUUGCUUCUCCUAACUUCUACAUUCUGACUCUGUACUCGGUCAUUGGAUGUGCGCUCGAAGCUAUCGUCCUGCAAGGCCUCUUUCUACUAUGGAUGAAGGCCAAUAUCGAGAAGUUCCCAUCCUACGCCACGACUACCUACCCUCUAGGCAUUCAAGCAGUGUCCAUUGUCUCCAACAUCGGCGCAGGCUACGUAAUCGACAUGACGAACCGCCGUAUACCCAUGGUUAUCUUGGCUGGUGUCCUGCAACUCUUCGUCGCCAUCAUCUUACUCAUUCCUAAUCUCUCGACUGCCGGCACCUUCUUCGCCUUCUACCUUGCUGGCACGUCAUACAUUGUCAAUCCAAUCCUGUAUGGUUGGGCAAGUGUCAUAUGCCAGCGUGGAGGGGACGAUGCUUCGCGCUCAGUCAUUCUUUAUGUCAUGAGCAUGGUGCAGUCGAUUCUCUACACGUUUUGGGGGAUUGCGCUGUACCCUGCGACAGACGCACCAUAUUGGCAGAAAGGAUACAUCACGAUGAUAGUAGUUGUGUUUGCAUUCUUUGCUUGCACUGCUGCUGUGCAAUGGCUGGACAAGAAAUCACAGGAAGUCACUAGCGAAGAACAUGAACAAGUCACCAACGUUGAAGAGAGGCCGGUGGACUGGAACAAGCAACACUAGAUCGUAACUGCCUCUACAUCGAGCGGCCUUUUCCGCAACAGGCACACCAUGACGCAGGCAGAAACCAUGCGGGAACCCUUCCCUCUCAUCGACCUCCAUGAUUGGCUUCCAGUUCUCGCCAAAGCCGUCAACUUCCUGAACGCCCUGCGCUGCUUGACGUCCUCUGGUCUGAAUGAGCUUGUCUCUUGUCUCGUCUGCAACCCAGUGGUCCUUCUUGGCGAACAGGAAGCGCAGGUGUGCGCGCUCAUGCUUGUGCUCUGAUGGUU